UUCCUGGGCUCCCACAUAGCAGCUCGCAUUCGCUUGUUCAUAAAUAGCGGCAAUGAUGAUCUUUUCUUCUAUUUUCUAUAGAAUCUAUCUUCUCCUAUCUGAAUAGAUCCACGAGCCCUUGAUGGCGAAAGGAAGAAGAAAACAAGGAAGAUCAGCAGUAUCCAAACCCGCUGAUACAGCUGUUGUACCUACGGAGCCGGUUUCUGCAAAUGAACAAAUUAUCAGAAAAAUGAAAGACCUGGUCCUUAGUCAAUUUCUCAAUCCGAAGUACAGCGAUUUGUCCAUUAGUUGUGGUGAUGAAGUCUAUCCAGCCCAUCGGAACAUUCUCUGUCCCCAAUCAAAGUAUUUUGAGGUCGCUUGUAGUAGUCGCUUUAAGGAAAGGAACGGCGAGAUCAUCAUCGAGAAUUGCAAUCCUGUGCUCAUCAAAAAGACACUCGAAUUCUUGUACACGGGCGACUAUACUUAUGACGGUGCUCCAAUUACCCAAGCCCACCUGAACUCGAAGAAUAGUUCUGAAUGUUCACCCGAAACAUGGGCAGAAAAUAAUUUUGAGCUAGAUGCAGACACUGAACAAUAUCCAAACCCAUCACGAAAAACCAAUACUACUGAUUCCCAAAAUUGUCAGGCCUUCUUCCACGCUCAAAUGUACGCACAAGGUGAUUAUUUUCAGAUCAACGAGCUUAAGAAGAAAGCAAAGGAUUACUUUAUGAAAUCUUUCUUGGAACAUCCCGACCAAGAUUCAUUCAGCUCCUCCGUCGUUGAAGUUUACAGUUCAACAGGGGAGCACGACCGUGGGCUCAGAGAUCUUGUUGUCCAGCUCACGACGGAUAACCUCAAGAUUCUGAGGAAUGGAGAUAAUCCUAUACUCUGUGACGGACUUUUAGAAUCUGUUCCCAAAUUCAUGCUGGAGGUCUGUCUUUCGACCUUGGACAAUGAGACAAUGCAGGGCUUCAAGUACCAAAGAGGAAAGCAUAAAGCACGAGGUGUGGCGGCUGCAUUUGUCUUAGACUCAACAGAGGACACCUCGUCAGCAAGACUCUGUUAUUUUCUCCUAGCUAAUGCCGUAGCUCAAUUUAUCACCGCAGCGCUGACAUCAUGGUUCAGUAGUGGGCCUUCUCUUGGGGGCUUAUCGGUUUUGCCAUACCAAGGAUUUGCUGAUUGGCCUCCUCACUUGACAAAAUGGAUCACUGCGUACAUCCCGCAGUGCCCUCACUAUUCCUCGGUCUCUACCGCUGCGGUCCGACGGCAAAGUCCAUGUGGCGCUAGUACUGUAACAUUCGCAGGGAAACGGGGCAGGGUGGACUACGCAGGGAUGAAUGGCCCUUCUACGAAGGAGGGAGAAGAUGGGGGGAGAAAUGGGGGAGAAAUAGAGACAGAGCCCUAUUACUCGAUCGCAUAUGAUCCCUAA